AUGAUGAUGAACGCGUUUAUGGACAGUGGGUCGUCGGCGCACCACUCGCACCUGGCCACGUUCGGGAUCAAGAUGUCGCCGGACCAUCACCUGGAGCAGAGCAGCGAAAUUGAGUCGUCCAGCUCUGCGUCGGCGUCGGCCUCACUGGCGGCCGUGGCCGCGGCGGCUAGUAUGUUGCCACCCGGGUCCUCGACCGCGAACGGCACCGCAAGUGACGCCAUGUUCUACCACCACCACCAUCCGCAGCACCAGCAGCAGCACCAGCAACAGCAGGGCAGCCCUUCGAACGUUCCGAGUGGUUCCGGUGCGACGACAGGAAGCGGUUCCAGCGGUGGGACCACCGGCUCCACCGGUUCCGCGGCCGCCAGUUCCUAUAAUGCCGCGCACCACCUAUCGCCCCCGUCGCAUAUGGCCAGCCACAUGGCCAGUCCUUAUGCGUCAUCCCGGGACGCGUUCCUGUCGCUGAAGCGCGACAACGAUUAUGUGGCCGCCGAUCCUUCUUCGCUUUUUCACGCCCACGAGAACCCGGCAAUGGCCGCGGCCAUCGGUCAUCAUCCGUUCCACGCCGGGUCGAUGCGGGCGAUGGCGGGGCUGGCGUCGGCCGGGGAUUACACCCACCCGUACCAUGCGGCCGCUCAUGCGGCGCACCAUGCACACCAUGCGGCCGCUGCCCACCACCAGAGUAACUACGCGAUGCACCACCACCACCAGCACCACCCGCUGGCCAACCUGCCCGUGAAUCCGGGCACUUCCGGCGCCUUCUUCCGGUACAUGCGCCAUCCGCCCGCCAUCAAGCAGGAGAUGCAGUGCCUGUGGGUGGAACCGGAACUGCCACCGCACCACCAUCCGCAUCACCCGCACCAUCACCACCACCACCAUCACCAUCUGGGGCAUCUCGGGUUAACGGCCCUGGCCCUCGGGGGCGGUGGCCCGGGCGGUCCGGGCGGUGGUGGCCCGGGUGGUGACGGCGGAAGUCGCAAGACGUGCAACAAGAUCUUCAGCUCGAUGCAGGAGAUCGUGACGCACCUGACGGUGGACCAUGUCGGGGGGCCGGAGUGCACGACGCACGCCUGCUUCUGGCUCGGGUGCACCCGGAACGGGCGGCCGUUUAAGGCGAAGUACAAGCUGGUCAACCACAUCCGGGUGCACACGGGUGAAAAGCCGUUCCCCUGUCCGUUUCCGGCCUGCGGAAAGGUUUUUGCCCGCUCCGAGAACCUCAAGAUCCACAAGCGAACACAUACCGGUGAGAAGCCGUUCAAGUGCGAGCACGAGGGAUGCGACCGGCGGUUCGCGAACUCAUCCGAUCGCAAGAAACAUUCACACGUCCAUACAUCCGAUAAGCCGUAUAACUGUCGUGUUAAUGGUUGUGAUAAAUCGUACACUCAUCCAUCAUCGCUGAGGAAACACAUGAAGGUCCACGGAAGCUUGGGAGAGAAGUCACCAUCGCACAACUACGACAGCGACGACGAGGAGUCCAGCUCGGAGAGCGUCAUCCUGGGCGGAACCGAGUCACCGCCCGCCAUCGGUCGGCUGCACGAUUCCGGCAAGCUGAGCGGUGCCGGUAGUGGUUCCGGUGCCGCCGGGGCCUCGGACUCGAUCCACGCCAGCAACAACAACAACAACAGUAGCAGUAGCAACAACAACAACACCACGGGCAGCAGCAACGCGAGUAGUGGUCAGAGCGCCAGCAACAACAACAACAGCACCUCGAAGUCCUCGUCCAGCUCCAGCUCCAGUCACCUGCUGUCACCGGUGGGAGCGGCCAGUGGCGGUGCGGGUACGACCAGCUCGUCCAGUUCGUCGUCACUGUCACACCUGAGUCAGGGGCACGGACACGGGCACCACCAGCACCAGCACCAUCUGGCGGCGUCACUGCAGAACCACGCGACGAGCCUGGCUCCGCCGCCACCGCAGCUCCCGCUCACGCCGGCUUCGUCCGUGUCGCCACAGGCAACGACCCCGUCGACGAUGCUGGUCGGCCACCACCACAACCCGCACCACCUGCUGUACCACCACCCGCAGCACCAGCCGCACGAGUGGUACUCGCCGACGCCACCGGCCGGCCCGGACACGAUGAAUCACCUGAACCACUUCAGCCACCACCACCACCACCACCUGGUGCACCACGGGCCCACGACGGCCUAUUGA